CACGCCUGUCUGCAGAAGUUGAGCCUUUCAUCCCAGGAUUGACCUCUACAUUACAUCAGUCCUCCGCUAUGACAGCCAUGUAUUAUAACUCUUCAACCAACCAACAACAUCACCACCAACACCAACAUGCACCACAACCACUGCAUCCCCAUCAACCCCACCACCAUCAGACACCAGGGACACCUCAGAUAGUACCUGGGAUGCACCCAGAACCUGGUGCUAUGUCAGGUUUCAAACCACCACCACCUGUUCCUCCACCCCAGCUGCAGGGUGGUGUUAGCGGUAUGCAGCAGUACCAGACGUCUAGUGGAGGAGCUGUGGCUACCAUGAAUGGCAAGAAAGUUCCCCUGACAGAGCUGCCUCGUUACAUCACAACAUGCUACCCAUUUGUACAAGAUAGUUCAACUGGAGCAGCUCCUGCUUCUGAAAGUUGGAUGGGAUACCCCUCCCAGCAAUCACAACAAGUACAACAUCCUCCUCCUCAGUCAGCACCAGUAUCGCUACCUCCAAAUUCCCAGCAUCCUCUUGGUCACCAUCCUCAAGCUACACCCCAGACCACACCCAUGUACACGCCUCCUCCAGGUCACCAAACCCCUACUGCCCAUCUGACUCAACAACAAAACCAGGAGUACUUUCCAGUCCACCCAGGUUACAACCAGGUACCUCAUCAAACACCAUCACAACCAGUAUCAACAGGAGGACCACUAUAUCAACAGGGCGGCUACCAACAACAUGGUAACAACUACCAACCACAUCUUACAGGCAAUCAUCCUGCCCAUCACAACCCUGCACAAUCACCUGUACCAAUGCCCUUAGCAUCACAACCAUCCAUGCCUACAGGUGGAGUACCUGUAUCACACCCACCGUUUGCUCCGCCCACUAUGAUGACAUCACAGAGUCCAUCACCUUAUGCACCCCCACAACCCCCUCAUGGAGCUGCACCCUCAGGGGGGUAUGAUGCUGCCCUACAAGGCAACCAAUCUACCAUACCACCUUAUGGUCAAUAUGGGUAUGGCAUAUACCAAGGACACCAAGUAAAGGUCCGUGGGCAAAGAUCAACAAACAAGGACUUUAGAAAUCCUGGAGGAUAUCGAAAUAAGGGGAGAGAACAGUACCAGACCUAUGCCCCACCGCCAACUGAUGCACCCAAACCUAAAACAAAGACAGUGGUUUUUGUUGAAGCUUGUGCACAAACAGAUUUUCCAGAAUCUAUAGCAAACAAGCCGCUGUCAGAUAAAACAAGCAACCUUGCAUCUCGAUCCAAAACCAAGACACGGAAGAAGUCCCAAGGUAAUCAGACUGGUAGAGAUGCUUCUAGUUCAAGUGACUCAGAGGUUGAGAAUACUCCUCAUGAUAGUGAUAGCGGAUACUACAGUCCCCUUCAUGCUCAACAAAAUAAUACAACCUCAGUGUCUAGUUAUUCAACUCAAACUGGGAAACCAUCUUAUAGCAAUGUAGCCAUGGGCGAUAAGAGUGUUUCUCAUCAGACAAGCAGUACAGUGGAACAAAGCGCAUUUACCCAGAACCAGCCAACUCACCCUAUGGUUGUCUCUCAAAGACCUCCACCAGCACCUGCUGCAGUCCAACAGAGAGUGCCCUUCACUCCUGUCCAACCUGCUAUGCCUACAUUCAGACCUGUAAUGCCAAUGAGCUACGCAAAUAUGCUGACUAAAGCAAGGACUGUUCAUCCACCUCCUCCACCAAUGGCCAAUGUGGGAUACCAACAGAGACCACCCAAUGUUUUCCCAACUCAACCACAGCCUACCUACAGAAACAUGGCAGUUAGUCCAGCCCCAAUGCUCCAACAACAACAGAGGAGAAUGCAGUCUCCUGUGCCUGCCCCUCAGAAGUCUCCUGCAACUUUAGAGGACACUCCUAGGAAACGGAAGCAGAAACGAAUCAAAGGCAGGAAAGAUGGUGAGGUAGAGGUGGAGAAGCCUAAGAUGGUGAAUGCAGCCUCCUAUGCCAAACCACCACAGAUACAGGAUCAAGAAGAAUAUCCUGGUUUGCCAAUGGGUAGUCCUGCUGCAAACAAGCUUGGAAUGAAUCCAGGAGGACGACCAAUCAGCUACAGUUCUGUUGUUCAGCAAAGGCCUCCUGUCCAUCAGGUGAAUGAGAGUUCUAGUGAGGAAGAAGGUGAAGAUGGAGGAGAUCAAGGAAGUAUCAUUAAACCUGAAGAACUCCUUAGUCCUGCUAAUGUGAUGAGUACUAUCAAAGAAGGCAAGAAUGCACGCAAGAGACGCAAGAAAGCAAUGAUGGCAACACAAGCUGCUGCUAAGGAGUACUCUGAGAUCACAGAAGAACAGAGACAGUUGCAUGAGAACAUGAAGAAACAAGGAAAGAGAACAAAAAUGCCUAUUGAGUUUGACCUGGGCGACAUGCUCGCUGCUCUAGAGAAACAACAGCAGGAGAUAAGAGCGAAGCAACAGAUGAUGAAUAUAGGGCCGGUAGCCCCUAGUAGAAAUGUCCAAUUUGCCCUGACUGUAGCUACAAUGGCUCCAUACUCACAAACAAGACAGGUCAAGGAUAUAACAAGGGGUCAUAAUCCUCUUGACAUAUCUGCUCCUGUAAAGAGAGGGAAGGAGAGAGAAUUACCAACAAAGAAAAAACCAAGCGCUCUUAAAAGGGUAAUCUUGAAAGAAAGAGAGGAGAAGAAAAGGUUGAGAACCCUUGAAGAGAGUCGCCUCUCUGAUGAAGAACCAGCUGGUGAUGACGACGAUGAUGAUGAUGAGGAAGAGGAUGGAGAUGAGGAGGAAGAAGGAGAAGAGGAGGGAGAAGAAGAAGAGGAAGAAGAUGAGGAAGGAGAGGAUGAAAAAGGAGAAGCAACACAAAAAGUUGUUGAUCCGAUUGAGAGCAAUGAUGGGGGUGUAUCUGUGGGAUUAUCACAGGGUUUAUCUCAAGGCUUAUCACAAGGAUUCUCACAAGGAUUCUCCUAUGGAUUCUCUCAUGGAUUCUCUCAGGGAUUAUCACAAGAUGCUCCAAGUGAUCGAGGUUCCUUCCCAGGGUUCAAUGCGUCUCAGAGUGACCUUUCACCUUUGAGUCAGAUGUCACCCUUGAGUAUGAGCCCUCUGUCUCCUGGAUCUCCGUUGAGCUCAGGCUUAUCAAGCCCGGCUACUGGUAUGGGACGUAGCAAUCCAACCCAGGUUGCUACAAAGAUACACAGUAGAAGGUUUAGAGAGUAUUGCAAUCAAGUAUUGGAUAAAGACAUAGAUGCAUGCUGUACAACUCUUCUUCAAUCUCUCGUCAAGUUUCAAGAUCGACAAUAUCACAAAGAUCCAGCAAAGGCCAAGAUGAAACGCCGUUUGGUGAUGGGUCUUCGGGAAGUUACCAAACAUCUCAAAUUAAAGAAGAUCAAAUGUGUAGUGGUCUCUCCUAAUCUGGAGAGGAUUCAAUCAAAAGGUGGUCUUGAUGAAGCGAUGGAUAGAAUCAGUGCAUUAGCCAGCGAACAGAAUGUUCCUUUGAUCUUUGCUUUGGGUCGGAAGGCGUUAGGGAGAGCAGUCAAUAAAGUAGUACCAGUCAGUGUAGUGGGAAUAUUCAAUUAUGAUGGUGCUGAGGAUACAUACAAGCAGCUGUUGGACCUAUCUACCCGGGCUAGAAAUGCUUAUGCUGACAUGGUAUGUAAAUUCCAACAGGAGUUGGAAGCAGCCAAUGCUGCUAGCGCAGCUCGUAUGGCCAAGCAUCGCCAUCACAUGGGUCAUAUUCGUAAUCUCUCGGGAUGCAGUGCCAUCUCAUUCAGCUCUGUCAUCUCUGAACCAAUAUCUGAGAAUUAUCCUAACCCUGAACCUGAGGUAGAUAGCCAAGGAAGAGAGAUUGAACCAGAUACACCAACUACACCUACCUAUAGUCCACAAGGAGGAGGAGGGGGUAAUAGUAGUGAUGCAGGUCAACAUCCUGGUGCUCCUAUAAGAAGCCUGUCUUUCACUGGUACUGGUAGCGUUAUCAGUAACUCUACUGAUGAUACUAUCCAGAAGGAAGAGAAAGAUGGAGGAGGCAGCAGCAAAGACUAUGUCAUGUCUGAGACAUCCUCACGUACGUUGACAGCAGGUGAAGGAGAUCAAGAUCUAGAGGAGGGGAGCAAAGAAGAUGUCAGUAGACGGGAAUUAGAAGAGCUUGAAGCUGGGUUAGAUGAUCAGGAUCAUGAUGAUGAAGAUGAAGAAGAGGAGGAAGAGGAAGAUGAUGAUGAGGAGGCAGAAGUCAUCAAGACCGGUAUCCUUCUACCGGAAGACGGUGCUCCUGAGAAGCGUGUGGCUGAUUGGGUUGCUGAAGCACAGCAAUGUAUUGAAAGCCUUACUGUUAAUGAUAAUACUGGAGAUGGUGGUGGGGAUAUGACCAAGAAAGGAACAGAGGAAAAGAAAGAAGAGAAAUCCAGUAACAACUCACCCUAGCAAGGCAGUAAAAUGCCUACUACAACAGACGUAUACACUGUGUCUUACUUGUGGUUUAGAGUGAGUUACUGUUUUGAUUCUUAAUUCUGUAAAAAACCAAAAUAAUACUUUGUUGGAAGCUAGUGUUUAAAACAUGUGUUAAGGAAAUAUUGGCAUUGAUUCCUCUCUGCUACAUUGAGUCAAUGUAUAUUAACGACUGUCUGGUUAUUAACAACAUGUGUAUUUCAUUUCAUAAUCUGUUAUGCAAUUAUUCCCUGGACAUUUUCUUAGUUUUAUCUGAUGUAAUAGUUAUAUUAUAUUGAAUGGUUGAGAAUGGAAUACCAGAAAUAUUCCAAGAGUUCAGGAAAAUAUUCUAUGAAUUGCAGAUGAGUGGAAUAUUUGCCCUCACGAGUGGAAUUUUUCUGGUAUUUCAUGAAAUAAAGCCAUCUAAUAUAAUUAUUAUCAUCUAUUCCACCCCCCAAAGAAAAAGAGGGAGCAGUUUCAUGUAACAAGUCAUAUCACUUAUCACAUUAUGCAGUUAUCACUUCAUAAGAUCAAUUUUAGUCGUAGACAUGCGACUUGCAUGUAGUUCACUACGGUGUCAUCGAGCGUAGCCGUGCUCUACGCUGCACAUUUAUUGUUGUACGCGUUGUAUAUUUGCCCAUGCGCAUUAAACUGUUUAAUAAGCUCUCAUAUUCAAUGGCAAAUUUUGUACAGAAGCCUAUGGGAUAUUCGUCGGAUUUCGGUCCUUUUUAGGGAUAAGCUCUGAUACUGCUCGGGCUAUUGAUGCAGACCAAAAUAUGUGUUUUAAUGCAUCCCUAGAACACUCUUUAUCGAUGAUAAUACUUGUUCUUUCAAAGACAUACUUAUUAUCGUCAUACACAUUUAUUUAUCCUACGCUAAUCAUGUAUGGAAGUGUAAUUUGAUUUUCAAUAUUUGAGACAUUGUGUAAGAUAGAGACAUGUGUUGAUGGAUCACAUCUUUUCAGUCCUUUGUUACUACUAAUGAAUGAUUAUGAGUAUCUUGGUGAACCAUUGUUGUGUGUAUUAGUCAACAUAUUUAGAUACAGGACUUGACGUUUCUGUUUGCUAUCAAUGCAUGAUGCUGAUGCCUGUAAUAUUCUUGGCUGCUUUGGAAGAAGUCUUCCCAAGUUAGAAUGUGUUUUUCUUUUAAAUCUGAAAGACGGUUCAUACAUAUUUGGGUUUUCAAUAAGUGUUGAUUUUUUUUGCAUAUAAUUGUUAUUUGCUUCUACACAUAAGUUAAAAACAAAUGCAAAUAUGAUAGUGUUAUUAAUCAAGAAAUGGUGCAUGAAUUUGAUAUUUACAUUGUGUAAUGUAAAUAUGACUCGAAAAUGGUAAUGUGAUUUAAUGCUAUGUGAAUAUUUAUGUAUUCUAUUUUAACCAAGAAUCAUCAAAUAACCAUGUGGAUUAUUGGAUGUAUUUUCUCUGUUUGCAUGUAAACUCUUUUCACAAUAUUUUCAUGACUUUAUCCUUGAGAUCUUAAGAUUGAAGUUACCUGAUUUGCAUGAAAGUAGCCAUUUACUUCCAUGAAAUCAUUUUUUAAUGUAAAGUUUAGUAUGAAAGAUGUUUUAUUCAAGCAAUUUUUUCUUUCUUAAGAAUAAACGUCUUUCAAAAAAGCAAACAUGAAAACACUGAAAAUCGGUGUAUUGGAGCGUGAGUCUUUGGAAUUGCUUGAAUUGAAGGAGAACUUGGCAAUUAUAGUAUGACAUUAGAAUUGGCAUGCUUUCCAUUUGGGCAGAAAUGUUCUGCAUACAUUCAGACACAGUCAAACUGCAUGAUAUUAAAAUUAGUUCUCUUCCACAGUAACAUUUAAGUACUGUCAUUCUGAUUUGUGGUUCUAACUUGGGAGAGUGUCAAGUUUGAUUUAUCUUUGUGAUGAGGUCGUGUUUGACUGCUCUAAAUUGAACUAGAUAUUAUUAUCACAAUAUUAAAAUUGGUCAACGGUUGAUGAAGUUUGUGUACAUUUGUUAGCAGCAAAGUAAAAGGAAGCCAAGUCCUUGGAUAUUAUUUUUGUUGAAAUAAAUACCUUUGUGAUUGGUCAUUGUUUUGUUUUGUUAGAUGUUUUCCUUUCAGGUUUCAUAAAACUAACACGGUCUAGCAUGUUACCCAUUGAAAAUAAAUAUUUAGAAAGUUAUUAUGAUAACACUGAAAAUAACAAUUCUUUACAAUAGCGUGAUGUGCAUGUACAUGUAUAUUUUAAUAAAACAAUGUCAUUUUUUUUUGCAUGUAAUGAUUUACCAUUUGAUAAAGAGUACAUCUUGUAAAAAGAUUUUAGAGUGUAAUUUCAUCAUGAUAUGUUUUCAUAUUUUGCUUUGCCAAAGUGAAAAAAUAUUUCUUGAAUUGAAUAAUAAUUGAAUGUAUGGUUUUGGGUCCAUUAUAAUUUGGAGGAGUAAAGAAUGAUAGCCCUGAUUCUUGGACUCACUGACUUGUUACAACAUACAAGAUUUAAGCCAUAUUGUGUAUUACUUUCUUUUUCUUUGCUUAAAUGGUAGUUAGGAGACAUCACUUUAUAUUAAAAAUGAUGGUUCCAGUGGAAAGUUGUCCUCUGUCUUACAAAGUAAAGUAAUUGAUCCAAUUAAUCUCAACUAUAGAAAGAAAGCGAUUCCAUUAUCUACAAUGAAUAAUUGCCAUUAUACCUGUAAUGUAAAUACAAUGAAUGACAAAUACACUUUCUUUGUCAUUGUUUUGGUCUCUCACUGUAAUUCUUGUUAAGGAGGGAAUGAGCAAAUAGGUAAAUAGACAAAUCCUUAUGGCGCUGUUGGCUUUCCAUAGUUAAGUUUGAAUGUAUCAAUGAUAUUUUUGUAAGACAGGAACCUAGACAGCCCGGAACUUGAAGAAUGAACUUUAUAUGUAAGGAGUUAUGUUAUCAGUCCCAUUAUGACAGCUUCAUGUGAUGUUUUACACCAAAGCUCAGAAACUUGAGGGAUUAAAUAAUUGUAAUGAGGGAAUUUGAAAGGUAUUUUCUCACUGUUGUUUAGAAGUAUACAUGCUUCAGGAAUGGUUUGUAAAAUGGUAUCACAAAGGUGUUCUUGAUUACUCUCUGUUGUUUUGCAGUGCAGUGCAGGGAAUUGUUUUCAUUAAAUCAGGUACACCUGAUAAUACUUAUAGCAUUGAUGAAGAUGGAGUAUGAGGAAUCACAAGUCUGUUUAAUGCACUGAAACAAAAGGCUUAAACAAAUAUGUAAAUAGUAUGUUGUAGAAAUAUAUAUUUGAUUUGAACAUUGUACAUUGUAGUUAAUAUCGGGUAAAGAUAUCAGCUUGCUAUAUUCAGGAUAGUAGUAACCUAGUAAUCAUGUACUAUAUUGAAGUAGAAUUUUCAUGAUUUGUAGACAUAUCAUAUUAUUAAGCUAUGACGAUAUAUCUUUUAAAAUCCAUCCCUCUUCACAUUAUAUUCAUAUAUAUUAUUAAAUGCAUGUUGAACUUAAAGGAAAAUGUAUGUUGAUAUUAUUUACAGCUAUGUAACAAUGUAUACAUGCAACUGCUUAUGAAUCUCCUCGCUUGUUGAUAUUGAUUGUGCCUUUCUUCAUGCUUGCCAUCAAUGUUAAAAAUGAAAGAAAUGUUUAGAUUAUGCUGAAUCAGAAUUAAAAAAGAUAAAUCAAGUGUUUAUCUACUUGACUCAAAUAUAACUUGAGCCCAGUAGGAAGUAGCAGUCAUUUAUUUUAUUACAAACAGUUUCCCCUCUGGUCUGAUACAUUUAAUGAAAGUUUUGUUUAGCUAAGUGAGCUACAUUACUUGAAAAGGGGACAUUAUUCUCUAUGAUAUUUUAAAAUUGUAUGGAUGUUAAAAGGGAUUAAAGAUAUUUUAACAAUGCUUACUACAAGCAGAACAUGAAAGUUUUGAUAGUUAUAUGCUUAAUCUGCAAAACUUGAUGCUUACUAUAAUUUCUGAAUGAGUUUAUUUUACCCUUUUCUGUUGAAAAUUGGGGUAUUUCUCAAAAAGAAUAUAAAAUAUAUUGCAAAUUUUAUUUGUGUAUUGUGAUUUAAUGACUGGGGAUAUCAUUGCUCCAUGAUAGUUUGGCUAGUCAAAGAUUCACACACAACGGUGGUAUGAUGUUGACAAUUUUCAUUUAAUAAGCAUAAGUGCAGUGAUGUUGUGAAUGGUAUAUAGGAAAGGUGAUUUACCUCCUUUACUUAACUGUUAUAUUUGAUAGGGAGCUUUUUAAAACCAGAGAGAAGGAAAGAGGAUAGAGUUGAGAUGGAACAAAACAAACAAAGCACUUUAUAUAAGGAGUGUUGUUUGGAAAGAGGAUGAAUGAAAUAUUUGGAUGAAGAUCCAUUUUAAUUGCCUUCAGUUCUGGUUUCAUAAGCUCCCUGAUUUACUACAACAUGUACCUGCUAAAUUCAAAAUGAUAAAUUCUCUUAUAAUGAUGUUUACCCGAUAUCAAAGGAUAAUGCCACAAACUAUCUAAGUUACGAGGGCUUCAUUAUUAGAAAUAAAGCAAGGCAUGAAGCUGAUGUCUGGGAUAUUAAAUGCAUAUGUGUGGUAAGGAGUAACUAUUGUAAAGGACAGAUACUGUAGAUGUUAAAUAUGUACUCUAUGAUACAGAUUUCUUGUCUUAUUUACUCCUGUUAAUCCAUAUUCAUUAUUCUUUACUCUGAUUUUAACCAUUGUUUACUAUUGAUAUGCUUAUGUACUCUUUAUUUUCUUUGAUUUAUCCUAUUAUAAUCCUUUAUUUAAUGCAAUGAAUGAACGGUGCAGUUAUAUAUAGUAAACUCUGAGUUGAAUUUUUAAGUCUAGGAACUACAGACCUGCCAACCUGUGGAAAUAUAAUUGUAUCUUUGACCCACAAAACUGUAUUUUCUUUGCCAAAACUGAAUUCUAUGAUAAAAUGUGCAUGCUCAGUCAGCUGGGUUUUAACAAAAUCGGUUGACAUCUCAUUGCUAUGAUUGCUAAAAAAAAAAAUCUAGUUUUUUAAAAAUAUUGUAUCCACAGAAGGUAUUUUUUAUGAAUAAUAUGAACCAAUGUUUGAAAAAUGUGAGGUCUAAUAAAACUAAAUUAUAUACAUUACAUAUUAAAACAAACAUGCAUGUGGAAGCUACAAGAGCGCUACACAUAAACGUACAAUAGAAUGCAGAUAGGCUACACAUACUGCGGAACUCUAGACACAGUAAAAGAAAAAAAAGUAGAUCAUGAAAUCUUUAAGAAAAUGGUAUCAAAAUACAGAAAAAUUGUAUGCCCGUACUGCAUAAUUGACAAAUUGGUACUUAUACAGCUAAAAUCGUACUGGUUGGCAGGUCUGUAAUUGCUUUAAUUUUAGACCAGAUAUUGCAAAACAUUAAUAUUCUAAUUUGAACCGAUUUCUGAGGUCAAGAGGCAGACUCGUCUGUAUUUAGGGUUUUUUUGUGACACAAUUCUCUUCAUGAGAACAUGUUUCUUAGUUGAACAAAGUGAUUAAUGUUCAGUUCUUCUUAAGGAGUAUGUGUGUCAACCUGGAUCCCGUAACACAAAAGGUUAAUGAUUGAUUGUACGCUUGAUAUGUAGUCAAUGCAAUCAAUCAGAAAUAAGUUGUAUGAUCAUUGCUAAGCUUUGUUACGGGCUUUAGAUUAGGAUCAUUGUUCUAUAAAGGUUCAGGAUGGAAGCAUGUUUGAUGGUUUAUAAACAUAUUUCUUUCUAAGUUCAUGGAAUUUACAAUAUACAUGCUAUAAGAUAAUAUGUAUUGAAUUAGUGAUUUUGUUUUCCUUUUACAUCUUAAUAUUUCUGUGUCAUAAAACAUGUAUCUCAUGAGGAGAUUUGGCCACAAUGAACUAGUUAUAUAAUAUAUGGGACUGGCUAGUAUUGUUUUGUGUACAAUAAAUGCAGCUUUAAUCAGA